AUGAUAAGAUUAGCACUAGCGCUAUUCCUCGUGGGAUGCGCAAAGGCUCAAACACAGUCAGAUGCUUGCAUAGGACAACCAAACUAUCGUUUCGUUGCCCAUGAAACAGAUUGUUGGCGCUAUUAUACCUGCGUUGAUCAGGUAGCUCAUCCACAGGCAUGUCCCGAGCCAUUUAUUUUCGACGAAACUAACCAAAGGUGCGAUUAUGGCGAUCGAAACGCAUGUGUAAACUGUCCUGCACAAGGUAUUGUAAAUUUCCCAAUAAGCGAUUCCUGCACCAGAUUCAUUCAAUGCAUAGGAGGAGUAAAGUUUGAGCGAGAAUGUCCAACGGGAACGCUAUUUGAUAGAGUUGGGAAACAAUGUAACGUACAAUCGGCAGUCGACUGUGUUGAAUUAAACUGUCCUAAAGAGGAUGACCCACUUAACCCAACGUUCGUACCAGAUCCGAAUGAUUGCCAGAUAUUUUAUAUCUGCAUCGGUGGGGAAGGAAUUGAACAAACAUGCCCCACAGGAACCCGCUUUAACCCGCAGAUAAAUAAUUGUGAUCUCGCAGACAGAGUUCCAUGUUCCUCAAACCCUCCUGUCCUACUUGAAACAACGCAAGCAUCCAGUGGCGCAUUGUGUCAGAACAACAGUGGAAUGACCUUUGAGCCCCUUCCAAACAAUUGCAAUUCCUAUAUUAUGUGUGUUAACUCCCUGGCAUACGAAAUGUCCUGUCCCCCCGGAAAAUCCUUUGAUCGAAAAUCGAAACAAUGCAUGAAUACCGGCGAAGCCGAGUGUCUGCUCAACUUCAAAUCGCUGUGUGAUGGCACGGGAUAUGGUUUAAACACCGUUGCUUACCCAAAUGACUGUUCAAAGUAUCUUUUGUGCAUCUUUGAUGAAGUCUACGAAAUUCAGUGCUCUCCUCACGAAAGAUACGAUAUUCGCACAAACCGUUGUGUGGACGCAAGUAAAGCACUUUGUGCCUACGACACUCCUUCAAUCUAUGAUCCGAAACCGUUCAUUAAUCCAUGUGCGGAAAACGUAGGUGUUAAACUUGUGCCUGAUCCUUCGAACUGUCAACGAUAUUUUACGUGUAUACAAACGCAAAGCAUCGAAAGUACUUGUCCCGGUAACCAAAUAUUCGACAUAAUUACAAGUAGUUGCGGCCCUGUUAAGCAAUCAACUUGCAUUCGUGACGUCGCACCGGGACCACCACCACCACCGCCACCUCCGCCAGCUCCUAGCCCUACACCGCCUUCACCAGCACCAGCACCCUCCAAUCCUAACAACCCCUGCCGAAACAAUAACGGUGUCACCUAUAAGCCUCAUGCGAUCGAUUGCAUGCGGUACUACAUGUGUAUGGACACGCAAUCCAUCGAACGAACAUGCCCAUCCGAUCAGGUAUUCGAUAUCUACCUGACAACUUGCGGUCCAAAACAAUCAUCCACAUGUAUACUGGAUAUUAAUCCUUGUGAUAACAAUAUUGGCAUUGUUUACAAGCCUCAUCCCAGUGAUUGUACGUUGUAUUACAUGUGCAUGGAUAAACAAUCCAUCGAUCGGUCAUGUGCAGCUGGUCAAAUUUUCGAUGUCCAUCUAUUCGUCUGCGGACCAGAACAUACUUCCACCUGCAUACUGGAUGAAAAACCAGUUCCCGCGCCAUCGCCACCUGCGUAUAAUCCUUGCGCUAAUAAAGUCGGAGUAUCUUAUUUGCCACAUCCACAAGACUGCAACCGGUACUAUAUGUGCAUGGACGAUCAAGCUCUAGACCGAACUUGCGCAUUUGGGGAGACCUUUGACAUUUACACCACCAAAUGUGGUCCUAGUGAAACGUCUACUUGCAUCUUAGAUCCAAAACCAACAGUUAACCCCGGAGAUAUCCCUAAGCCUCCAACUCCUCCACCGAAUUUAACUCCUUUAUUCGGUUGCCCUGCAACCGGCACCGUAAACGUUCCUCAUCCAUUUGAUUGUAACAAGUAUUUCCUUUGUGUCGAUGGGAUGCCAUUUGAGCUUAGCUGCGGUCCUAACCUUGUCUUUGACAUAAUAACUAACCAGUGUAACCGACCUGAAAUUUCUGUUUGUGCUGUAGACCUUGUCACCCCUCCUACUGCUGGACCGGGUGAGGCAACACCGGUACCUACAGGUCCAACGUUGCCAACACCACCCACGGUAGGUCCUCCGACUGUUCCCACAGCACCGACACCACCAAUACCUACAGCUCCUACUCCACCCGUUACGGAAGAAGACGAUCCGACCGUACCAACGGCUGCGCCUACUAUUCCUACCGCUCCUACUGUGACAGACACUCCAGCCCCUAUUCCUACUGCACCAACGCCGCCUUCAGAAAUACCCACAGCUCCAACGCCCGGCCCAACAGUUCCAACUAUCGGACCAACACCAGCUCCAACUCCCGUACCCACUGACCCGGUCCCUACACCAGCUCCCACUCCUGCACCUACUCCUGCUCCAACGCCCGGUGUUCCAGGGACUCCACCGCAUUGCCCGAUCGAUCAAACGUUUUACCACCCUCAUCCAGACUGUACGAGGUUCUACCGUUGUGUAUGGGGUACGUUACACGUCAUGCAAUGUCCACCUAAUCAGUACUGGAACCAGGCAAUGGAGUUCUGCGAUCAUCCGUUCAAUGUGAACUGCCCCUCAACAGCCAAAUAG